GUUGCCAUUAUCUGCUUCCUGUGACCUCUAGUUUCCGGGGGAAGAAUUUCAGAGUAACACCACACGAUAGAAAGGAUGGCUCUGUGUGCAGUGAGGCGACAUCUCCUAAAGAGCAGCAGCAGCUGCUGUGGAGCCUGGGCCAGGCUGCUCCAGAGAGGUUGUGUGUACUCCAGCGUCCAUUGCUUCGACCAGGGGGAGAUCAGAGAGAAGCUGCAGGCCUUUCCUGGAGGAUCCAUUGACCUGCUCAAACAGGAGUCUGGCAUCGCUGUGCUGACCAUCAACUACCCGUCCCGCAUGAAUGCCUUCUCCGGCAGUAUGAUGGUGGAUCUGGAGGAGAGGGUGAGCCAGCUGGAGAGCUGGAUAGACUGUAAAGGCCUCAUUGUUCAGGGUGCUUCUGGAACUUUCUGCUCUGGAUCGGACCUCAACGCUGUCAGGGCGAUAUCUAACCCACAGGAUGGGAUGAAGAUGUGUAUGUUCAUGCAGAAUGCUCUUACACGACUACUCAGGCUGCCUCUGAUCUCUGUUGCUCUGGUGGAGGGGAGAGCGUUGGGAGGAGGUGCAGAACUCACCACUGCCUGCGAUUUCAGGUUAAUGGCGUCUGGCAGUGUGAUCCAGUUUGUCCAUAAACACAUGGGCCUGGUCCCAGGCUGGGGCGGCGCCGCUCGACUUGUCCGCAUUGUCGGAAGCCAGAAUGCACUGAAGCUGCUUGGUGGUGCUCUAAAAGUGGAUCCCGAACUUGGCCUGCAGAUUGGACUGGCUGAUGGAGUCCUGGAGGUCCCCCAGGCAGAGGAGGGUGCAGUGACUCUCCUCCAGCGGGCUGAAAACUGGCUCAGUCACUAUACAAAUGGAGCUGCCCCAGUGGUCCAGGCUGUGAAGAAGGUAGUGCUGUCAGGGAGAGAGCUCCCUCUGUCAGAGGCUCUGAGGACUGAGAAGGAUGUAUUUGGUACAGUGUGGGGCGGUCCAGCUAACCUGCAGGCUCUGGCCAGCAAGACCAAACACAGAUGAGUGUCUGUGUUCACUUUUCUAAGAACUCCCUGAGAUCAGCCAAGAUGUUCAACUGACACAUUUUUGGAAAGCCCUGUCCAGGUCACAGUUGUGUGGAAGAGAACUGCUACAAACUGACUCUAGAUUGACAUCAAUACACUUAGUUAGUUCUUUGGUGUGCUGAAGACAUUUACAAGUGCUUCUCAUUUAAUAAUCUGAAUGUUGUGUGGACUCUGGGAAUGUAGAGACACAUGUUUUGCUUGCAAGGACAAGGACUUAAGCUGCAUCAUUGUCUCUAAUCCACUGAUAAGAGAUCAGUCAUUGUCACAUACGUUAAUGGUUGUGAUGUAUUUUG